AAGAAUAGAAAAACAAAAACUAGGGUCUAUCUGAAAUCAGUAAAUCACAAUCAAAGUGUCUCUUACAACUGUGUAACGCAAAACCCCUUUCUAAACCCUGAAAAACGAUUGAUCCGCUGACAGCGUAGAAAACGAUUGAAUGGAGGGGCCUUUGGUUAAUGAUGAUCCAAUGAUUGACGGCGAAACUGAAGAUUUGAGUGGAGAAAUGUCGCCGUAUGAAUCAGAUUCAGAAGAAGAUGUCAAAUUAACCGAACCAUCUAAAACUGCAGUGAAUAACAGAGAUGCUCUAUUAGAUAAACUUGGAGACAUAAGCUGGCCUGAGAAUGUUGAAUGGAGGCACAAACUCUCCAUUGAUAUUGAUCAAGAGCAGGAAGUAGAUGUGAACGACGACUUGACACGAGAGCUAUCGUUUUACACACAGGCAUUGGAGGGAACUAGACAGGCCUUUGAGAAGCUUCAGUCGAUGGGUCUUCCUUUCUUGAGACCUGCCGAUUAUUAUGCGGAAAUGGUGAAGGCAGAUAGUCAUAUGGAAAAGGUGAAAGGUCGGCUAUUAGCUGAGAAGCAGAAGAUGGAAGAGGCUGAAGAGAGAAGAAAGGCGAGGGAAGCAAAGAGAUUAUCCAAAGAGGUUCAGGCACAGAAGAUGAAAGAAAGGGCCAAGCAGAAAAAGGAUGACAUUGAAUCUGUUAAGAAAUGGAGGAAGCAGAGACAACAGAGUGGAUUUGCUGAUGGCCCCAAUGACGCAGAUAAGGUUUUGGGCUUUGAAGAUGGAAAAGUGUUUGAGAGAUCAAAGAAGAAAAGGCCCGGAGUGUCUCCAGGCGAUCGGUCUGGAGGUAAGGCAAAGCAAGCCAUUGGAAAGGGAAAGACGCAGAAGAAAAGAGACGGUAAGAAUUCAAAAUUUGGUUUUGGAGGCCGAAAGGGAUCGAAGAAGCAAAAUACAGCUGACACCACUAAUGAUUUUGGUGGAUCGCGUAAGGGUGCUACUGAUGGAAAUAAGAAGAGGAAGAGAUAAAAUGCAAUCUUUUUCUUCUGAUCUGUUUUCUUUCAAAGGAUGUCAUCGAAUGCUUUGUUACAUUGUGCCGAAAGUUACUAAAAGGCGUGUAAUGUAGACAUAUCUUGAGUUCUUAUAUGUUAUUUAUUUAUAUCUAUCAAUUUAUCAAAUGAACACUUUUUACUUCGACAUA